AUUUUGCACCGUAUCACUUUAAUUCACGCACAGGACACUUGCGCACACUGUUCCAGUGUACCUAUUUUUAAGAUUAAUGUACAGUUUCUGAAGUCCAAAUCGUUUGCACUGCUCGACAGGAAUAUUAUACUGCCUUCAUCAGAUGUGGUGAUAUGUGUCUUUUAGCAACAAGAUAUGGCCGAUGGCCCUUGCGAAAUCUGCCAACAAGUGACACAAGGAACAUGCUCUACGUGUCGACAAGUAUACUACUGUUCUAAAGAGCAUGAACAUGAACACAAGGAAAUACAUCAAGUAUCAUGCAAUCCAUUCGAGAUUGGUACCUCUAAAGAAUUGGGAAGAUAUUUGUUGGCAACAAGAAACCUGAAACCUAGCGACGUGAUACUAUCGGAGACUCCCUUAGUAUUUGGUCCUAAGCCUCAGCAAAUCAAAGAAGGGCCCUUUCCUUGUGUGGGUUGCUGCAGGAUACUGACUGAUCAGACCUGCGAAAGAUGUCCACUGUGCCUGUGGCCUGUCUGCAAGUUGGACUGUCCAGGAUUGAAGCAACCUAACAUCCAUGGCUUUGAAUGUACCAUUCUGAGACUGAAGCCCGCUAACACCGAGUCAAAAUCAUUUUACGAAUAUUUUAGAUUUGACGUACUUAUAGCUUUACGAGCUCUGGCUCUUCAAAACUCCAGCUUGAAACGCUGGGAAACCAUGCUUGCUUUAGAAGCUCAUCCGGAACAUCGAGGGCCAGAUACUGACGUAUACAAGGCUAUCGAAGAAAAGAUCAAGAUCAUGGAAGACAACUAUUUGAAACCUUUGAGAGAAUCAGAGAAACAAUGUGGCGAAAGCAUCCUGAAAGACACUUCUCCCCAUCUGAUCCAUAAGGUCUACGGCAUCCUAGACGUCAAUGCGACAGAGCUCACAGAAGAGAUAGAGGCGAUGGUGCUAUAUCCCACUGCCAGUCUGUUAGAGCACAACUGUGUCCCUAACACAAUGCAAACCAUUGAUGAGAAGGAGAACUUCAGGAUAACGUUUAGAGCUGCCUUACCAAUAAAGAAAGGAGAGCAUAUAACUUCAACAUACACCAACAUACUGUGGGGUACGUCAGCAAGGAGAGAUCACUUAAAGCAAACAAAGUACUUCACCUGCAAAUGUAGAAGGUGUCAAGAUCCGACAGAAUUAGGAACUUAUUUCAGCGCUCUGAGGUGUUUGGGCGACGAGGAGAACUGUCCAUGUGGUGGGACACAGUUACCGGUAAACCCAACAGAGGAAGACUGCGUUUGGGUUUGUGAGCGGUGUAAAAUACAACUUCCUGACAAGGAAAUGAUGAACUUCGUUAAUCACCUAAACACGGAAGUUGAUCGCGUGAUGUCAAGACGAUCAAAAAUCGCAGAGUUAGAAGGCGUGUUGAGCAAGUUAUUGAACUUUCUUCAUGAAAAUCAUUAUCUGAACUACAUAAUCAAGCAUUCUUUAGUUCAGCUAUAUGGCAAUGAAGGAAAUGGCGAAAUAUCUGCUAGUUUAUUGACCAUGAAAUUGAAAAUGUGCCAAGAUCUUAUUGAAAUUACCAGGAAAAUAGAUCCAGGAAACGCUAGAUUGAGUUUGUACAUGGGUGUAUUGUUAAACGAACAGUUCAUUGGCAAGUUCAAAAUGAUCACCAGGAUGCACGAGAAAGAGAAAAAAGUCGACGCUGGUAAACUUCAGGAGGCUUUAAAUAUUUUGGAAGAGAAUAAGCGCGUAUUGAAAUAUGAAAUCAACACUACGUCUGGUGCUAGACUGUUUAAUGUUGUGUGCAAGAACGAGGAUCAGCUUAAAAGUUGGAUAGAGAGCAACGACUUAAAAGCUUAUGUUUAGCAUAUAGCCAUAUGUAUAAUUGUGUCUUUUAUUGGGUUUCAUAAAUAGACUUCAGUGAAAAUGUACAGUACAAUGACAUGAAAUGUUAGAUAAAUAAAUUAAUCGUUAUGUUUGGAGCAGUUUCA